UGUUACUCGAGGUCUCUCUCCCCAUUCUGCACAUUUGUAACAACAUCAUUUUCUUUCUAGCUGCGUCUGUCUUUCUCACUGUCUUUAUAGCAUAUCUUCGCUACCGGGAGAGCGCACGCAGCGUCGCUGCACCUCGCUGUUCUCCCUGCUGCCGGCGCUUCUGAACCACGCGAAAACGAGCCUAUCUUCCCCAACAUCACUCCCAAGCUCGAGCUUCGAAAGUCAUUUGCAACCGACUCAGAGACACGAGCAGUAUUCUCGGGAACGCUCGAGCCUGCCCAGAUCAUCGAUAUGGCUUUCCCGAACACGCUCAGUGGCCGCAUGGAGGAGCUGCGAUUUCCGAACCUACGAUCGCCCGACGCAGACAGUGCAUUCAGCCCCAAUGGUUCUUCGACGAGGGAACAGAGUCCUUUCUUUCCAAACGUACAUACCUCGUCCAACGAUGCGCGUGCGAGUUUGCAAAGACGAUUUACAACCGACUCGAGCAAGAUGCCUGCUGCAAGGCCUUUCGGACAACAAUAUCCUUCCAUGACGCCAACUGCGGUAUGUAGGCAUGUUUUUGUGUAACACCGUUGAGAGCUUGGCCCAUUGUAUUUGGAUGAGACAAUAGUCUAUUGUGUGCUGGAAGUUUCGUUAGUCCAGUGACUUGCGGAGUGGGGCUUUCUAAAUAUCUCGGUGAAGAUGGUCCUGAGCCGCUUCAUAUGGAUUCCUCACCAACACCCUCCAUCGCUAAGAGCUCUGUCAUCUUCCUCAUCGUUUCAAGCUUGCCAUGGCGGCUAACAAUCCUUCUUCGCAGGCGAAGAACAAGCAGAUGUACGACGACAUUCAAACCGCUAAGCGCAAGGCAGAAGAGCAACUUCGUCUUCUCGAGUUGCAAGAACGAAGCCUGCAGAUGGGAGGCAAUGGUCAAGACCUCGAACGGAUCUCUACGAGAUUGAACCGAAUCAGCUUCACCGGCCCUGUCAGUGAGCCUACAACUCCUCCCGAGUAUGCAGAAGCUGGCUUCUCGAACCGUUUCUCGCGCUCCAGCAGACUGUCCAUGAACAGCAUCAUGUCACCACCCGGCCUCAGCAAUCGCAUCUCGCAGUCCAGCUCUCAAAUUACCUCUCCUCCCACCAAUCGCCUUUCCGGCAACGGUCUGCUGAGCCAAUCUCAGAAGCCUUCAGCAAAGUCAGUCCCUGGCUCUCGUCGCGGAUCUGACGAGGACGAAUACUACCCUGAGGAUCUACCCGGCACUCGGGCUGCUGCUAUGUUGAACCGCUUCUCUAUGCCCGCCAACAGCAAUCGUCAUCCUCGUUUGAGCGUGAGCGGCACUGCACAUAACUCUUAUGGUCCUGUUUCCACCAGCUUCUUCUUCGACCCUGAAGACGAUGACAAGCAUCUGUCUUUGAACGCCAUUGAUUUGAAAUCACCUGUUGCAAAGGCCUUUGCGCAGCUUGAGGGUGACGACACAUUCCCCACUUUGACGAGUGACGGUCUCAAGCUUUCCGCCAACUCUGCUGCUCUGGAUCUUGCAAAUUCCAGAGAUCCAGAUCUUGACUGGACCCUUGGUUCUCGCUACAGACCAGCUCACCAGAGCAUGCCACACACAGAUUCGUCUAUGUACAGACCUGUUCUCAGCAACCUAAACAUCAACAGUCCUCCAGCGGAUCGCCCAGCGGAUCUGACCAGACGCAAGUCGCAGCGCCACUCUAUGGGAGUGACCUUUGAAGAAUCCUCACUUCUACCAUCAUCGAGUCUUUCGGUAACUCGUCCAGCUUCUCUUCAAACUUCCUAUUCCACCAACGACGUCCCAACCGUCAAGAAGUCCUUGACGCUGGAUACCGUGUUGACUCCUUCCAAGACUCAAGCUGACCAGCAAUUCCAUAACCACAACGUCAGUUUGGGACGCAUCCCUGCUAACGCAGUGAACAACCGUCAGAGUCGAGAAGUGGCCAACGGUGCGACCAAGAUCGAAGACAAGUCUCUCGUCCCUACAUCAUCGAUCUCAAACCUGCACGCAAGCGCUGCCCCAUUCAACACUUCCUACGCUGCGAAUUCUGAUUCAUCUAUGAUGGCGAUGAGCAGCCCAACCGGCGCCGUAGCCCCUCAGCCAUACGCCUACAACAUGCAAACCUACAACGUCAGUCAGAUGAAUCCAUCGGCCCCGGUUGGUGGAGCUGUUCAGGCAUAUGGUCAGGGUCAAGGCAUGUACGGCAUUAACAAUGUCUACAAUGGCCAACUGCAACGCUCUGGCACAGGCCGACGCAAUCACAACGAUGAAGCUCGGUUCAACAACGUCCCACUCGAGUCCUACCGUGGAAGUCUCUAUGAACUCUGCAAAGAUCAGCAUGGUUGCCGUUACCUCCAGCGAAAACUUGAAGACGGAGACGAAGAACACAUCCAGGCCAUCUUUGUGGAGACAUGCCCUCACAUCAUUGAACUCAUGACAGAUCCAUUCGGCAACUAUCUUUGUCAGAAGUUGUUCGAGCACUGCAACGACGAGCAGCGUACCACUCUGAUCAAUGCCGCAUCUCCUGCUCUCACUACGAUUGCGCUCAACCAACACGGCACCCGUGCUCUUCAGAAGAUGAUUGAAUUCGUCCAUACUCCAGAACAAGUCGAGACGAUCAUCAAGUCAUUGACUCCACGAGUGGUCGACUUGGUCCAGGAUCUUAACGGAAACCACGUCGUGCAGAAGUGUCUGACUCGACUCGGAGCUGAACGUUCUCAAUUCAUCUACGACGCCGUUGGCAAAUUCUGUGUUGUUGUCGGUACUCAUCGUCAUGGGUGCUGUGUCUUGCAACGUUGCAUCGACCAUGCUCAGGGCUUCCAGCGUGCUCAGCUCAUCGGCAGAAUCACUCACUGUGCUUUUGAUCUGGUUCAAGAUCCAUUUGGUAACUACGUUGUUCAGUAUAUUCUGGACCUCGACGAACCUUCCUUCACCAGACCGCUCUGCGACACUUUCGGCAGUCGGAUCCCUGCAUUGUCCAAGCAGAAGUUCAGCUCCAACGUCAUUGAGAAGUGUCUGCGCACUGCAGAUACUGACACCAAGAAAAUGAUGAUUGAGGAGAUGAUGAUGGGCAGUGAGCUGGAGAAGAUGCUUCGCGAUGCGUUUGCCAACUACGUCGUCCAGACUGCCUUGGAGUUCGCUGAUCCACAGACCAAGAUGCGCCUUGUCGAUGCCAUCCGUCCAAUCCUUCCACUGAUCAAGCAGACUCCACAUGGUCGCCGUAUUGCGAGCAAGAUCAUGGGCAUCGAUGUUCCGGGCCGUGGCACCACUUCUACCAACGACAACAUCCUUGCCAGCUUCAGUGGAAGUCGCGCCAACAGUCGUCGCAAUGUUCAGAUUGUUGGUGGAGGUUUCAAUACCAUGCGCACUCCAAACGGCUACACAGAUGACAAUGUCAAUACUAACGGCUACGGCAUCAUGUCUCGCCACGAUGCAGCUCCACACAUGUACAAUGCCAACACCUACGGAAACGACCUUGGCCAGAAUGGUUAUGCUGGCUACGUCAAUGGACCCAACAACAUGCUCUGAUCAUGCAUGCUCACCACAAUCCGGCUCUCUAUGCGAUUACGAGUCACGACAUAAUGACCACCAUUAGCAUUCCCUUUCCGACAAGACAUUCAAAGAACAGCGACCACCACUGUUCUAUCUUGGGAUAUGUUUCUUGCGACGACUGUACCAACCUGCGGAAAAGAAUUCAAGUUUUUUCAUGACACAAAAUCACGGCCCCAACAUGUUCACUGUAUUAUGCCUCAAGGCCAGCUACCGGUCCAGUAUCAGUCUGGCAGGAGGCCAGAGGACUAGCAUGAUGAUGGUUUUGCACAGCAAGUUUUCCUUUAUGUUUUCGGUUUUCAUCAUAGCUGGCAAGGAUUAUGUUAUUCUUGGAAAGAAGACGCCAAAACAUCUCACAUACCUCAUGGGUCUUGGAGCGGCAGCUUGUACCUAGAAGCAUUGAAAUGCAGCGCGAGCUGUCUGCUGCGCAGAUUGGCAAUGCUCAUAUUGGAUAAGAAGAGCGCCUUGUUACCAUGGAGGGUCUGGUUGUGUACUUGAAGUCAGCAGGUCUUUCUUGGUUAGGUACCCCUUAGAGGGCGACUGAACCUGUACCAUCAGACAGAGGCUAGACCCCUUAGCUAGAAAAGUGAUUCCUGGAGCGAUGCUCGGAACUAUUCAAUGAUCCUCCUUCUACCUUGCCGCGGUGAUAGCUCUCAGCUCAUCUGUAG